UUGGUUUUUGCACCUAUUUUUAUUUUUCUUCUUUUAAAUACCUAACCUUUAGUUUUUGUCUCAAAUUUGUCCAGCGACCGGUUUUUUCUUACGCCGGCGCCGGAAAUGCCACUGUGGCUGCCGGAAUUGAUGAGUUGGCAGCCGGAAUUCUCCACUUGGCUCAUUUUUGACAUGUGGCAAAAAAAUUUAAAAAAAAAUUGAAAUAAAAAUACAUGUGGAAAAAGAAUAAAAAAAUAAAAAGAAAAUCACUCCCCCCCAAAUCGUCCUUUCCCCAUUUCCAAACCCUAACUCUCCCUCCCCCACCCAGCGCCGCCCUCUGCCGCCUCCACCACCGCCGGUGCCGCCACCCACCGCCACCACCAACGCUCCACCGCCUAGAGCAGCAGAGGAAGCCGAUUGCCGCCGCCGUCCUCUGCCUCACCAAGCUCCAGAUCGAGAAGCUCCACUCCAAAGCCGAUCUCGAGCUUGAUAAUUCCCCCACCCACCGCCGCUCUCUCCCUUUUCCCCACCCUCCGCUGCACCCCAGCGCAACUCCAUCUCCCGACUCCCUUGCCUGGAAGACAACCGAAUAUUCCACCUGGUCCCUGCGCGUCAACCACAGUGGUUCCAAGCAGGCCGGUGAAAGGAAGGUUUUCCCCAGUGAUUUAGGGGAAUUCGAGGUCGCGCUGGGCUACGGCGGAGGGCCGACGGAAGGUCGUGCUGGUUUGACAUUCGGCGAGGUCAUCUCUGUUCGAAUUUGGAAGCGGCAGUUGGUUGUUGAGGAUCUUGGUGGAGGUGAAGGAGGAUGGGAUUGUGGUGGUUGUUGGAUUGAUUUGAUGGUGGUGAAAUUCUGCGAAUGGUGGUGGUGGCAGGGGGGAGGCUGCGGUGGAUUGGGGGAGGGAAGGGGGCAGCGCCGGUGGUGUUGGCAGGGGUGAGGCGGCGGCGGGGCCGCCGGGUUGGGGGAGGGGGAUAAGGGUUUGAGGAAGAUGAUGAUGAUUUGGAAUUUAUUUGUAUUUUUUAUUUUUAUUUUUUUGCCACAUGUAAAAUAUAUGUUUAGGUGUCAA